AUGACGACAAUCAAGCGCAUGUCCCCGCUGGACCUGUUGGAUCUUAACCAGACAAAUUUGGAUCCGCUGACGGAGAACUACGACAUUGCCUUCUACCUGACGUACUUGACCAAAUGGCCGUCUCUCUUCAGCGCAGUGCAAGACCGUGAGGCUGGCAUUGUCGGCUACAUCAUGGGGAAGCUGGAGGAGCAACAUCCUUCCAUGCGUCACUCAGAACAUUAUACCCCUUGGCACGGUCAUAUCACCGUGUUGACUGUUGCGCCGUCCUGGCGCCGCCUUGGCUACGCGUCUCGGCUGACGGAGCAGCUGGAGCGCGGCUCCGACAUCAAUAACGCAUGGUUUGUUGACUUGUAUUCUGUCUUCCGCCGCGUUGUCAAUUAUUACAGCGACGAUCCAACAGGCCUCUCAGACUCGGGCGAAGAUGCCUUUGAUAUGCGGAAACCGUGCAGUCGAGACAAAAAGCUGGAGCAUGUGCGAGACAAAGGCGAGGAAUUCCUCGUGAGCCCGGAAGAUGUCACUUAG